GUGUGCUUAGGUGCCCGAGCUACUGUGGGUCUAGGUCCGGGCAGCUGAAGAGUGUGGUUAGCAAGAUGAACAAAGAUGCGCAGAUGAGCGCAGCGAUUGACCAAAAGUUGAUAGAAACUGGAGAAAGAGAACGCCUCAACGAAUUGCUGAGAGCUAAAUUAACUGAAUGUGGCUGAAAGACACAUUAGUGGAAGGCACACUGUAAAGAGGUAAUUAAAGAAAAGGGUCUAUUGAUGACUUCGGUGGCUGAAAUCACACCAAAAGGCAGAGCCCUGGUACCUGACAGUGUAAAGAAGGAGCUCCUACAAAGAAUAAGAACAUUCCUUGCUCAGCAUGCCAGCCUUUAAGAUUGAAUUAGAUUGUGUUGUUUUGUGGUUUUCUUUCUGAAAGUAAAACUUGCCAUAAAUUAGGAAU